UGUUGGGAAUCGCAGUCAACCGGUGUUACUACCACUAAUGUAUCUUUUUCGGAAUUGAAAACAAAUGGAGUGAAAUUAUUUGUGUUUAUUAUUUGUUUAUCUAUCACUGUUCACCAUUGUAACGAGGGAUAAAGCAGGGUCGAGCCUUAACAUGCUGCGUAUACCGAGCUAUUCGCUCGCCAUGGAAGCGACCAGCAGACGUAAUUUUGCACAGACGACAAAGUUGAAUGCCAAAAAGGCCGAAACACACUACGAUGUACUCAAUCUAAGUCAUGAUUGCAGCAAACGGGACAUACGCAAUGCGUUUCUACGACUCUCCAAACAGGUGCAACAAGGUUAUCAUCCUGAUGUUAAACACGCUGCUGAACAGCCAGAUAGCGCUGCUAGAUUUGUUAAAAUCACCGAGGCAUAUCAGACGUUAGUGAAACCCUCAUCCCGCAGGGAAUACGAUGAUAGUUUGCUAUGGAAUCCGGGGGAAAGAAGCGCUCGAGAAACAAUUCAUCCAUGGGAAGUCAAACCCAAUUAUAAUCCCAAUCCUGGCCCAUACUAUGGCAUUAAAGGCUUUAAUCGCGUGUCCAACUGGAAGGUUGCCUUAUUCCUAAUCUCCUUGGGCAUCGCAGGCGCCAUCUUUGGAUUUAGCUCAGUCAAGCUUUCGUUUCAAACUCAUAAGCAAAUACGGGACGAGGUCUCAGCAGAAGCCAAUUCACAUCAUGCAGCUGUCGUGGCCGAUGCACAAAAGUAUGGCAACGAAGAGCAAAUUCGAAGGAUGGUUGUGCGUCUGGCUAAUGAUCCCUUGAGCAGAGCGGCGGCCAAGUAAAAUUUAAAUUAUUAUGACAAAUUUUGUAUAUAUGUAAACUUAAAUAGACAAUUAUUUUUACAAAA